ACCCCGUAGCCACGCGCCGCCGUGUUACCGUUGGUCGGAGCUAGUGAGACAAGCGGCAAAGAGCAAGAGAGCAAGCCGCAGAACCAUGAACAGCCAAGGAGGGGACGAGAUCGGAAAACUGUUUGUUGGUGGUCUUGAUUGGAGUACAACACAGGAAACCCUGCGUAAUUAUUUCUCUCAAUAUGGUGAAGUUGUAGAUUGCGUGAUAAUGAAAGAUAAAACCACAAAUCAGUCAAGAGGCUUUGGUUUUGUCAAAUUCAAAGAUCCCAACUGCGUAGGAACUGUGCUGGCCAGCAGACCUCAUACAUUGGAUGGUAGGAAUAUUGAUCCAAAGCCUUGUACACCUAGAGGAAUGCAACCUGAGCGGUCCCGACCAAGAGAAGGCUGGCAGCAAAAAGAAUCCAGGACUGAAAGUAGUAAAUCAAACAAGAUUUUUGUGGGAGGAAUCCCACAUAACUGUGGGGAAGCUGAACUGAGGGACUACUUCAAACGAUUUGGAGUGGUUACCGAGGUUGUCAUGAUCUAUGAUGCUGAAAAACAGAGGCCAAGAGGUUUUGGAUUUAUAACUUUCGAGGACGAACAAUCAGUGGACCAGGCUGUCAACAUGCAUUUUCACGACAUCAUGGGCAAAAAAGUUGAAGUGAAACGGGCUGAACCUCGUGAUAGUAAAAGCCAAAGUCCAGGAUCUAAUCAGUGGACUGGCAGGGCCAUGCAGAGCACAGCCAAUGGAUGGACGGGACAGGCUCCUCCUUGGCAGCAAGGAUACAGCCCACAAGGUAUGUGGAUGCCAACAGGACAAACUAUUGGCGGGUACGGGCCUCCUGCAGGCCGGGGUGCUCCUCCUCCACCAACACCCUUUACCCCUUUUCUAGUGUCUCCACCUCCAGGAGGUUUCCCCCCAACACAGGGUUUCACGACGGGAUAUGCAACACCACCCCCAUUUGGCUAUGGUUAUGGGCCGCACCCUCCUGAUCAUUUCGUCCCUUCAGGAGUACCACCUCCUCCUGGUACCCCAGGAGCAGCGCCAUUAGCGUUCCCUCCCCCAGGGCAGUCAGCUCAGGAUCUUAGCAAACCCCCUGGCGGUCAGCAAGACUUUGCCUUUAAUCAAUUUGGAAAUGCCUGCUUUGUGAAAUUGUCCGAGUGGAUUUGAGCUCUCUGUGAAGGCCAAAAAAGGUAAGAGAUGGUAGGUAGAGUUAGAUCAUCCUUCCUAAUGCUGAAGGCCUUUGGGGAGCAUGUGAAUUUGGAAAUCAGCCUGAACAUCGACAGAAGUGAUAAAGGCGAGUUUUUAGCAUUUGCAUUUUAGUGUUUUACACAGACAGUCCUACAAUAUAUGCAUUACAAGGUCCUUAAAGAGUCUGCUGAAGUAAGCAGACGUUUAAUCAUCAUCCAAUGGCUGCUAUAGUGGAUGUUGCAUUAAACUUGCAGGGGACAACAGAUUGUGAUUCUUCAGAGUUAUAAUAAGACAGCUAUCAUCUGGCUGACUAGGGAUGAUUGAAACAACAUAACUUGGUCUCUCGCAAUUAUUACCCUGUAUUGGUAUCUCCUGUUCCUCUUCCCCUUCCUAUAAAACUCUGGGCAGAGAUUUAGAAUAUGCGUCAAGGAAGAUGUUUGUUCUCCUAUGACUGGGUAGGCAACAUUUGUCACUCCAGGUAUUGUGGGCUACAUCUCCCAUAAUGCAUGUGUAGCCAUAAUGCUGUAAAGCAUCACUCAACAUCUGUAGUUCCGAAAGUUGCCUUCCCCUGUCCUCUGAAAAUGUUAUGAAAUGUAUCUUUGUACCCUUCCUGUUUAAUACAAGCAAGAUUGCCUCAGGGUCUAGAGUCAAAAAUGUUCAAGCAUCUUUUGAGGCAAUGCAGAUAUGCAUGAACUGUUGGUCAGAUGGGGAGGGGAUAAUAUUAAUACAGUGGUGUUGAAUUGCAGAGCCUCUGCUGUUGUACUACAACUUCCAUAAUUUCCUGUCAUUGGACUGCACACAUUCCCAGGCUAAUCUUCCUGUUCUUUCUCAGUCCUUACACUGACUGAUCUGUCUGUCUAAUCUAUCCUUCAAAUCUAUCUAUCCUCACUAUUAAACUAGUGUAUAUUCCAUCUAUGCCCCUCUGUACUGUAUCAGAUCUGAGUCUAUUCUCUGCUAAUACUUGCACCUCCACCUCUCACAUUAAGGAAUUCUCUAGGGUUGCACCAUUCUUAUGGAAUUGCCCUUCCUGUUCCCUUAGACUCCCCCAAUCUCUAAUCCUUGUAUAAAAAAAAAUUCCUUAAAACUCUCUUAUUCAAGAAGACAUAUCAAUUAAAAUGUUAACAUUCUUCAUUCCCUUUCCCACCCCACACCUUAUUAGCUGCAUUCACUUUCUCCAAUGUUCCGUGUAAAAAUUAAGAUCUAAUUUUAUUGUAAACUCUGCUGAAAUUAUAAGCUUGUUUGAAAAGACUCACAGCUUUUGGUUCCUGUAUUACAGCUUGUCUUGCAUCUACUUGUUUGUUAGUCCACCUGUUAAACAGCUCUCUAGAAUAUGUUUGUUGGCCCUUUAUAAAUAAAAAUUAUGAUGGGGGUUGAAAUUCAACAAAAUGUGUGUGUGUGUGUGAAGGUAUGAUUAGACAUGCCUUAAUAUGUAAAAUGUUUACAAAGUUUAUUUUAAUAACCAAGACAUUAUGUAUGCAAGGUAAGCCAAAAGUCAAAAACCACCCAAAAUACCUGGGAUAUGUUCACUGAUGAAAUUUCACCGUUAUUUCUUACCAUUAUUUAUUAAAUGGCCUACCUAGAGAAUUUUUACUGUUUGGCUAUUUUGGCCUUAAAGUCACUUUGAAUUCUAACCUUAUUGAAUAACCCUGUCUAUCUUAUACACAGGUAUGUGUGUGGGUUACUGACUUUUGACUCCAUCUGCAUAUGGGUUUAUUUACUUAUUUGUAGAUUUACAGUUAUACCCAUGUAGCUUGUAGUGAUCUCCUUUUGAGUAUUGUUUAAUAUUGGUAUGCCAUGCAAACUCAGUCUUACAGUUGCCAUCAUCUUUAGUCAGUUAUUGUUGGUGGUAAUAUUAGCACCACAACAACUGACCAGCACUGAGCUGAUACAUUUUGGUUUUAGGUUUUCAUUGUGCAUAGUGUAGUCUUUUUCAUUGCUUUAAGACUUGUUCAUUGCGUUUUUGUUUUCUUAUUGUAGGUUAUGGGCAAGAUAUGAGUGGGUUUGGACAGAGUUUCUCUGAUCUCAGUCAGCAGCCCCAAUCUUACACAUCAGGAUCCUCAGCAUCGGGAGGC